AUGCAGAUGCACGAGCAGAUCAUGAUGGUCGACGGACAAGAGCAGCCCAUUUCUAGGACCUAUCAAUACCGAAAGGUGAUGAAACCAAUGCUCGAGCGGAAACGCAGAGCACGCAUAAACCGUUGCUUGGAUGAGCUGAAAGACCUGAUGGUGACAGCUCUGGCCGGCGACGGCGAGAACGUAGCCAAACUGGAAAAAGCCGAUAUUCUAGAGCUGACUGUGCGCCAUCUUCACAAGCUCCAAAGGCAACAGAGACUCUCGGCGAACCCUGUGAUCGACGCCGAUAGAUUUCGCGCGGGUUACACGCACUGCGCGAACGAAGUCAGCCGGUGUCUUGCCGCGACGCCAGGCGUCGACGUCGCCCUUGGGACCAAACUGAUGACCCAUUUGGGCCACAAAUUGAACUCGAUGGACAAAACCGGACCUCUGACCAUCCACGUGACAGCGCCGCAGUCGUCUCCGUCGUCCAGCAGCGACCUAAGCUCGGACGAGUACUCGAUGCCCCUGACGCCUGCCUCCAGCCAACCCUCUCCCGCCAGAACGGACUUGGAAACCCUCUCGCACCCGCACCAGGGCCUCCUACAGGUCGCGAAACCCAACGAACCGAUCUGGAGACCCUGGUCGACGAACAACUAG